GACAGGGGCAUAACGAUGCUGAAAUGCUGCCCAAUUACUUUCUGAAAAUGGAACAGAAAGAAGGAUGUGAAGAUGGACCACUGCUCUCUUUGUGACUCCCUGUGACCGAUAAAGUUGUAGCUUACAUGUAUUCAAGGCGAGAAGGGUUCUUGCUGUGAUUUAAUGAAAGUGUAUGUUGGUGUUGACAGCUGUUCUGCUUUGGCACAACCAGAGGCAAAAAGGUAUGGAAUAUCAGGGGUAGGGGAGUUGGAAAUUGAAGAUAUCUUUCCUUAGAAACUUGUAUUAAAAAAACAUCGUUUAGUAAUAAGCAGUAAAACAACAUGAUGGCUCCCCUAUCUCCUCCUGUUUUGUGUUUCACAUGAAAUCUGUUUGAAGUUUCAGUGAGGAAAGAUGGAUAUUAAAAGGAAGAAACUGUUGGUGACUUGUUUUACACAUGUAUCAGGAAUCCAACCCAUCAGGUUGAAGUGUAACAAUGACAUGCAAAUUAGGCAAUACAGGUCCAACAGGAAACGGUCAUGAAACUAACGUCGAAAGUAACCCCGCACUUCAUUGUUGUUUAGCCACAAGAAACUGCAGAUGUUGAAAUCUUGAGUAAAACACAGCAUUCUUAUAAUUUUUGUUUUGCUUCGUUAUGAUUUGGGUGACUUGUCACUGGAUUAACGGGAGUAAUUGUUACAUAAUGCUCCUGUUAAGCACAUACCACAAUAUUUCAAAAUGUUAAAAGCAUUCCAGUGCCAUGACUCGCCUCAACCCUGCGUGAAUGGAGGAACUUGCUUAACUCGCCAAAAUGGUAUAGGAGGUUGUCGGUGUCGAUCUGGAUUUGUAGGUGAACGCUGCCAGCACCCAGAUCCCUGUCAGAUUUUAACCUGCCUUAACGGAGGGACUUGUAGAAUUUCCAUCGCUGAAGGCAAAGCACAAGGAUCAUGCAGUUGUGCUCUGGGGUUCACUGGCGAUCGGUGUGCGACGAUAGUGACCAAUGUCUGCAGGAAAAAUCCCUGCCAAAACCGAGGAACCUGCCAACUCAUCACCCUUGACAAGUAUGAAUGUGCCUGCCAACAAGGGUGGAUAGGUAAAAACUGCCAGCAUGUGGAUUCCUGCGCCUCGCAGCCAUGUGCUAACGGGGGCAAGUGCAGCAGUUCAAGGAACAACUACACCUGCACCUGUGCUUCCGGCUACACUGGGUCUCGCUGCAGGACCGACAUCGACGAAUGCAAGGUCAAGGAUCGGUGUCUGAAUGGAGGGAUCUGCAACAACGAACCUGGCUCAUACCGCUGCCUAUGCGAGCCGGGCUUCACUGGAUCCAACUGUGAGAGCGUUUACGUCCCCUGCUCGCCAUCGCCCUGCGUUAACGGAGGCACCUGCCGGCCAACCAGUGAUGACCUGGCCUACGAAUGCAACUGCCUGCCAGGAUUCAGUGGAAAAGACUGUGAGGCAAACAUUGACGACUGCCCUGAACAUGAAUGUCAGAAUGGAGGCAUCUGUGUGGAUGGAGUGAACACCUACAACUGCCGAUGCACACCUGAGUGGACAGGUCAGUUUUGUACAGAAGAUGUGGAUGAGUGUCAAUUGCAGCCAAAUGCCUGUCAGAAUGGAGGGACCUGCUUCAACAUCAACGGAGGCUAUCACUGCGUCUGUGUCAAUGGCUGGAGUGGAGACGACUGUAGUGAGAACAUAGAUGAUUGUGCCGGUGCAACCUGCAUGCAUGGAGCUACCUGCCACGACCGAGUUGCAUCCUUUGUAUGUGAAUGUCCUAUUGGCAAAGCUGGUAUAUUCUGUCAGGUAGACGACGCGUGCGUUAGCAACCCUUGUCAUGAAGGAGCCACAUGUGAAACCAACCCUCUCAAGAGCAGCUUCUUUUGUAGUUGCCCCCUUGGUUACAGAGGGACUGUCUGUGAUGAGGACAUCAAUGAAUGUUCCCUAGGGGGAAAUCCCUGCGAACAUGGAGGGAAGUGUGUAAACACCAAGGGUUCCUUCCGCUGUGAAUGCGCUGUGGGCUACACGGGACCACGCUGUGAAAUGGACAUCAACGAGUGCCUUACUAGUCCCUGCCAGAACGAUGCCACCUGUUUGGAUCAGAUCGGUGAAUUCAAGUGCAUUUGUAUGCCAGGCUUCGUGGGAGUAUACUGCGAAACAAAUAUUGAUGAGUGUGAAAGCCAGCCAUGCCUCAACAAUGGUGUGUGCAAGGACGAGGUGAACAGAUUUGCUUGCAAGUGCCCACCUGGUUUCGCUGGAAAUAUGUGCCACAUCGACAUUGAUGAAUGUGCCAGCACCCCAUGCCAGCACGGAGCCAAAUGUAUUGAUCGGCCAAAUGCUUUUGAGUGCGAGUGCAGUGAAGGGUUCAUGGGGACUAUGUGUGAGAUUAACGAAGACGACUGCAGUCCAGACCCCUGCCACUAUGGGAUGUGCAAGGAUGGGAUCGCCGGCUACACCUGCAUCUGCGAUUCUGGUUACAAGGGGCUGAUCUGCAGCGAGCAGAUCGACGAGUGUCAGAGUCAACCCUGUCAGAACGGAGGCACCUGCCAAGACCGUGUGAAUGAAUACAAGUGUCGAUGCCCAGUUGGCACCUCUGGUGUUAAUUGUGAGAUUAACUAUGAUGACUGUGCCAGCAACCCAUGUGACUAUGGAAGCUGUCAAGAUGGUAUUAAUCGCUAUGAUUGCGUCUGCAGUCCCGGAUAUACAGGACCCAUGUGCAAUGUUGACAUAGAUGAGUGUGCCUCCAACCCAUGUCAUAAUGGAGGUACAUGUGUCGAUAAAAUAAACCAAUUUGUUUGUCACUGCCCUGAAGGAUAUCAUGAUCCCCAUUGUAUAUCGGAGGUGGACGAGUGCAAGAGCAGUCCCUGUAUUCAUGGACGAUGUGUAGAUGACGUCAACAGUUACCAAUGCAAAUGUGAUGCUGGCUGGGCUGGAGUAAACUGUGAUGUGGACAAAGAUGAGUGCGAGUCAAAUCCCUGUCAGCAGGGUGGAACUUGUGAGAACCUCGUCAAUGGUUACAAGUGCACGUGUGUGAAAGGGUUCAAAGGUUUUGACUGCCAAAUCAACAUAAAUGAAUGUGCAUCCAAUCCCUGCCUAAAUAAAGGAGCCUGCGUGGAUGAAGUGAACAGCUACCACUGCGUGUGCUCUCUCCCGUAUACUGGCAAAGAUUGCGAGUCCAUUCUCGCCCCAUGCUCCUCCCAUCCAUGUGAAAAUGGCGGUGUAUGCAGUGAAACCGAAGACUAUGAGAAUUAUGUGUGCACAUGCACAGUGGGUUGGCAAGGUCGGAGAUGUUCGGUGGAUAUUGACGAGUGUGUUGCUGAUCCCUGCAAAAAUAGUGCUGCUUGUCAAAAUAUUCCUGGGAGCUACCAGUGUCAUUGCCUCCCUGGCUACACGGGAGUGAACUGUAAGACAAACGCAAAUGACUGUAGCCCCAAUCCAUGCCAGAAUGGGGGCGCCUGUAUUGAUGGUGUUAACACGUUCUUGUGCAACUGUUUGUUGGGAUUCACUGGUGACAAGUGCCAGCAAGAGAUAAACGAGUGCUUCAGUAACCCUUGUCUGAACGGCGGGAACUGCUCCGAUUAUGUCAACAGUUAUGUCUGCAAGUGCCCGCAAGGUUUCAAUGGGAUUCACUGUGAAAACAACAUGCCCGACUGCACAGAGAGCUCUUGCUUCAACGAUGGUACCUGUGUCGACAGCAUCAACUCGUACAUUUGCCAUUGCCAGCCUGGCUUCACUGGUGCCAAUUGCCAGUUCGACAUCAAUGAGUGUGACUCCAAACCGUGUAAGAACGGUGGCACCUGCAUCGAUGGGCUGGGCAGUUACCGCUGCACCUGUCCCUCUGGCUACUCGGGCAACAACUGUCAGACCCUGGUAAACCUGUGUAGUGGCUCGCCCUGCAAGAACAGAGGCAAGUGCAUGCAGCGAGGUGCCACAUACCGCUGCCUCUGCCAGAGUGGCUGGACCGGCCUGUACUGUGACGUACCAGAUGUGUCGUGUGAGGUGGCAGCUCUCCAUAGAGGCUUGACUGUGCCGCAACUUUGUCAACAUUCGGGGAUUUGCAUCAACACUGGCAACAGUCAUCGAUGCCAAUGCAUGGCUGGAUACACAGGCAGCUAUUGCCAGCAGGAUGUGGAUGACUGUGCGUCAAACCCAUGCCACAAUGGUGGCACCUGCAGGGAUUACCCGGGCAGCUACGCUUGCGAGUGUGUUCCAGGCUACAAGGGACUCAGCUGUGAAUAUGAGGUGAAUGAAUGCCGACUCUCGCGCUGUCAGAAUGGAGGGACUUGCAUCGACCUGGUGAAUGAAUACAAGUGUUCCUGUCCCCCAGGGACUGCAGGAAUUCUGUGUGAAAUAAACAACGAUGAUUGUGAACCUGAUUUUGAUCCCCGGACUGCUCAGUAUAAGUGUUUAAAUGGCGGCCAGUGUAUCGACAAAAUUGGGGGCUACAGCUGCAUUUGUCCGCCUGGUUUUAGUGGCGAACGCUGUGAAGGGGAUGUCAAUGAAUGUCGGCCAAAUCCAUGUGAUCACAAGGGUAUGCUUGACUGCGUACAGUUAAACAACGAUUACCUGUGUAGGUGUCGACCUGACUUUACUGGCCGCCACUGUGAGACUGUCAUUGACCUGUGCCUUUCUCAGCCAUGCCGGAAUGGAGGGACGUGCAUGUUCGCUGUUAACACUCCUCUGGGAUACACCUGCCAGUGCAGACCUGGUGUGAUGGGCUCGAGUUGUGAAUACACCAACUACACGUGCGGCCAGGUCUUGUGCCGGAAUGGCGGGUCUUGUUCCAUGACCCGCCAGGGCCCCAAGUGCACGUGUUUGAAGGGGUUCGGAGGCUCCGAGUGCCAACUGCCCACUUGUGCUGCCAGAUCGUGCCACAACGGCGGCACCUGCCUGCCCACAUCCUCGCCGCCGUUCUUCAGCUGCCGCUGUCCCUCCCCGUACCGCGGUCUGACCUGCGCCCAGCUGGAGCGGCAGAGCUGCCACUUGUCGCAGUGCAAGAAGAAGGCCGGGGACCGUGUCUGCGACAAGGAAUGCAACAGCCACGAGUGCGAGUGGGAUGGCGGCGACUGCUCGCUUAACUUGAAACCCUGGGAGAACUGCACGGAGAGCCUGCAGUGCUGGAAGUUCUUCAACAACAAUCAGUGUGACGAAACCUGUAACACACCCGAAUGCCUGUUCGACAACUUCGCCUGUCGCUACAGUCACAAGUCCUGCAACCCGUUGUACGAGAAGUACUGUGCUGAUCAUUACCGCGAUGGCCGGUGUGACCAAGGCUGCAAUACUGAGGAAUGUGGCUGGGAUGGGCUGGAUUGCGUGGAAGGUGCCCCUGAGAAGCUGGCCGAGGGGGUGCUGGUGUUGAUAGUGCUCCUGCCCCCAGAGGAACUCCUCAAGGAUUCUGUCAACUUCCUUCGGAAGCUGGGGUCCCUCCUGCAUACCACCCUCCGGUUCAAAUUGGACUCCAACGGGGCACCAAUGAUCAAGCCUUACUACGGCCAUGGGUCUAGAAUGAAGCGUUUCAUUAGGAUAGUGAGAGAGCUCGGACAAGAAGUUAUUGGUUCUGAAGUCUACUUGGAGAUUGACAAUAGGCAGUGCUUGCAAACAUCUGAGGAUUGUUUUCCAUCGACGGACACCGCCGCUGCUUUCAUCGCUGCCCAGUCCAGCGAGGGCAAUCUGCCGUAUCCAAUCGAGUCUGUUAAAAGUCAACGUGAUGAACCGAGCAGCCCGGGCCAGCUCAGUCUCCUAUACCUGUUGAUGGUUGCAAUGGGUAUCAUCAUCCUCAUUCUCAUCCUGGGUGUUGUAGCAGCCAAGCACAAGCGCAAACUGGGCCCGCUCUGGUUCCCCGAGGGCUUUACGCUGAAGAAGGUCGGCAAUCGGAAGCGGCGAGAACCUGUUGGGCAGGAUGCAGUGGGAAUGAAGAAUCUAUCAAGGCAAGUGCCUGAUGUCACCAUUGGUGAUGACAGCCAGAAUGAGCAGUGGAUGGAGGAAGGCGGGCCAGACGCAAAGAAAGUGAAGACUGAAGAUCAAGCUCUGCUCUCGGAGAAUAAAGACCAGGUUGACCAUCGGCCAUGGACACAGCAGCAUCUUGUGGCUGCCGAUGUCCGUUUAACACCAUCCCUGGCCCUGACACCACCCCAAGGAGAACAGGAUGCCCACUGCAUGGACGUUAAUGUGAGAGGUCCAGAUGGCUUUACACCUCUUAUGUUGGCCUCGCUGCGGGGUGGUGGUCUGGACACUGGAAUCGAGUUGGAGGAAGAAGCUGAGGACUCGUCGGCCAAUGCCAUCACUGACCUCAUCUAUCAGGGUGCCAGCCUCCAUUCCCAGACUGACCGGACCGGGGAGACAUCACUCCACCUGGCAGCACGCUAUGCUCGGGCAGAUGCGGCCAAGUGCCUCCUUGAUGCAGGAGCAGAUGCCAAUGCCCAGGACAACAUGGGUCGGUCACCUCUCCAUGCGGCCGUUGCAGCGGAUGCUCAAGGGGUGUUUCAGAUUCUUAUUCGGAACAGAGCCACGGACCUGGAUUGCCGAAUGAACGACGGGACCACUCCUCUGAUCCUCGCUGCACGCCUUGCUGUUGAGGGCAUGGUGGUUGAGCAGAUUAAUUGCCAUGUCGAUGUUAAUGCUGUGGAUGAUCAUGGUAAAUCGGCACUUCACUGGGCAGCAGCUGUUAACAAUGUGGAUGCAACCCGGGCCCUGCUGAAGAAUGGAGCAAACAAGGACAUGCAGGACAAUAAGGAGGAGACAGCCUUGUUUCUUGCUGCACGGGAAGGCAGCUUCGAGGCCACCAAGAUUCUACUGGACCACUAUUCCAACCGUGAUAUCACCGACCACAUGGACAGACUCCCCCGCGACAUCGCUCAUGAGCGAAUGCACCAUGACAUUGUGCAGCUGUUGGAUGAGUACAACCUGGUCCGUAGUCCGCAGGGCAUGGGGGGACCCAUGAUGGGACCCACCAUGUCCCCCGCCACCUGCCUGACAGGUUGCUCCAGCCUCAAGCUAACCCCCAUGGGCAAGAAGGCACGAAAACCCAGCACAAAGAGCCUGGCUCCAGGCAGUGCUAAAGACUCCAAGGAGGCAAAAGCCAGGCGGCGGAAAAGAUCCAUCGGCAGUGGUAAAGAGACCCUUGUGGAGAGCUCAGUGGCUUUGUCGCCGGUCGAAUCACUAGAAUCUCCACACACCUUCUUGUCCACCACAUCUCCACCUCUACUAAAUUCAGGGGUGCACCAGCAAACACCAGUAGCAUCUCUGCACCCUUCCAUUUCACUACAGGGUCAACUGGCAAUGUCCUUCUCAAACCUCAGUGAAAUGAAAGGUAUCAACGUGGGCUCCAACUCGGUCCUGGGUCAAGUCCUCCCCUCCAUGUCGCAUCCUUCCAUUGCUGGGCAAAGCUCCAACUUGGGUUUGUCUUUGGGCCGGGUCGGUCACAUGAACAUGCAACAAGACUGGAUGAAUCGAAUGGGAAUCGGCACCUCCCAGUACAGUCCACUGCUGGGUAUCCUGCACCAGGUCUCCAGUUCAUACCCCACAAUCCAUCAACAGAACGGUGUGCUGCAGCCAAACGUGCCUGCCAUGCACAUGACCAUGGUCAGGGAGCAGCUGCCCCAGCUGCUGGCAUACCAGUCGAUGAAUAGUGGCACGUCGCAACCAGCAAGGCAGCAGAACUCGCAAGUAACACAGCAGCAAGGGCAAACUUACUGCAGCUCCAUGACACCAGUCCCCGUUGGCAACAUGCACCAAAUGUCGGACAUCAUCCGGCUGCCAAAUGGUCAAAUGAACAACUCCAUGCUGCCCGCGAGCCAAGAGGCUCAGGCCUCACAAGCCACCCUGCCAGCUUAUCACAAGCUACCGAGUUCAGUGCAGAUCGACAAGUUCCCCACCCCUCCAUCUCAGCACAGCUAUGUCUCGGCGACGGAUAAUACCCCGAACCACAACAUCCACCUCCAGAGUGAGCACCCGUACUUAACGCCCUCCCCUGAGUCGCCCGAUCAGUGGUCCAGCUCCUCUCCGCAUUCUACGUCCGACUGGUCAGACAUUACGCCCAGCCCAGCCCCGAUCGGGCAACGCCAGCUCGUCUCGCACAUGCCAGAGCAGCAAAGGAGCAACAUGCAAGUGUUUGCCUGAACACAGUGGAACCGAGCUGAGGAGGAGAGAUGUCUGACAGCCUGAAAUGAAGGAAGAAGAAUUCCUUGAAUGUCUGCCGUGAGAUUUCCCAUCACCGUUGCGGUGGGAGGAUGGGGUGGGUGGCAGAAGAAUGAAAUGGAGAAACUGUUCCUAUUAACUGCAAGCUCAGCUCCCUUGGACUUCAGAGACCUGACAUGAUGUUAUGCUUGUGGGUGUUUUAUUUAUUUUAAUCACUGCCUGUUUCCAUGUCUGUGUGGCUCAAGUUUUUUUUUUUUUAAACUCCCUUUCAGCAACAUGGCCCAGUGAAAACAAGCUUGGCUUGCAUGGUUGUCAGCAUCAGCCUCUAUGGUAUCCUUCUCUUAUAGAGGGCACACCAUGUUGAAGUUGGCACUUGUUUGCAGACUAUUUGACAGCAACACCAGGUCUUGGUAACACACCUUGGGAAUCAAGUCAUUGAAGGAAAUGCAACGCUGCACAGUUUUUUGUUUUGUUUUCGGGACUGGGGGUGGGAAGAGGUAGGGUAGAUGAUGUAAUCCAGUAGUUCAGACUCUCAUCCAUUGCUCGCUGUUGCUUAUUUGUGGCACUGUAUUGUGGAUAUAGUGCCUUCACAUGAACUUGUACCAAUGACUUAUUUAACCAGCAACAGCCUAGCAAAGGGGUAGGCAAGUGGGAUAGCUGAGCAUUGUUACUAUGCUUUUAUAUUAAUUUUUUAAGUCGGUUAGGCAUAACUUUUUUAAUCGUUCCUUUGUCAUGCAUGUCUUGUGAAGUAUAACAUUUUUACGGAAUCUAUUACACAGAUUCACCAACAGAUUUUUUUUUUCUAGUUUCAUUUGAAGAAGCAAACUUAAAACUUGAUGUUUUCUCUGAUACCUGCUACAAUUUAGUCUCGGGAGCACUUCCUCAGAAAACAUAUUAUUUAAAAAAAACUCUUCCACCCAUGUAAUUGUCUUCAGCUGCCCUUGAUUGUGCAGUAAUUUGCAAACAAGAAUGUAAUGACAAGAACUCAUGGUGAAACAAGCUUCUUUGAAUAUUUCGAGUGUCCUUGUGCAAUGGUUUGGUAUGAAAGAUUUUUCAUGAUUUGAUCAUUGUUGUUCUCGAGACAGUCAUCUGCAAGACCUGGUACUUAGCAAGAGUAUGGGAUUCAGAUCUGUCGAUCUGCUACAGUCCAGUGAAAGCCCUAUGAAAAAUAGAAUGUCUGGGACAAUUAAUUCCUUUAAUGUGACUAUGAUCCAAUCUAGAUUCUUGUAUCUCUGUUACGAUAUAUCAGGGAUAGUUAGAAUGCAUUUAUCGAGUUGGAAGCUUGAGUGAAGUAACAAAUGGUGUAUGACAUUAAGACUUUUUCACUGAAGCAAUAAGAAAUUAUGUCACUGGCAAUCCACUGUGUCCACCGUCUAAAAGUUGAUGAUUCAGACCUUUUCUUGGGGACAAUUUAUCUCAGUUUGGCCACCCAGUCUGCAUAAGGAACUUGCCUCAAUUUAAUUUGUGAGACCGAGUCCAUUCAGGAAGAUUUUCCCAGCUGCUGACAUUGUGUCAAGUUCAUCUCCAGUUAGGCGAGGUUGCACAUCUGGCAGUCAGCCUGAUGUUACGCUUGUUUCAAAAGUGCAUCAACGUGCCAAGAGGUUUAAGCAAAGCCACAGUUUGCAGAAGGGCAGAGACCAAACUGAACAUUCUCUACGUUUUGCCCUGAGCUGGGCCUUGGGUGACAUGGAUCCAGUUCAUAUAUCCAUCACCUUUUCUUCCUGAAGCUCUUUGUUGCACAAAUCUUGCCAAUUUCUGAGUCUGAAAUAAUUUCUUUGUGUUUGAACUACUUCUAACUUUUUCCUCAAAAAUUUGAACUUUAUGCUACGAUGAAGAAACACGGUGUUAAAUUGAAAGUUCCCACAUGAAGAAUUCAGUCUUGGGAAUUGCAACUUUUCACUGUAUUUAUGAAACACAAAGAAAUAUUUAAAAGCCGUUAAUUUUACAGGUACUUGGAUUCUUCUGUUGGUGAUCGAGGGAUUUAAAGUAGGAAUCUUGUCUCAUGGGCUUGUUCUUCUACCCUGCAUAAGAUGUUCAGAGACUGCUUUAUCGUUGGUUAAGUUCCAGCUGUACCUUGGAGUUUUAGAUUUCUUUCUUCAUUUAUAUCCACAAUGUAUAUUAUUUUUUGAGAAAAAAAGUUAGGGUUCUGUAUUUCCUGUGAAAUGUAUGUAGAAGAAACCAUUUAAAUUUAGACAAAAACAAAUAAUUGAAAGGAACUUUGAAAGAAAGCAGAGGGUAUCUAUCAAAUAUAUCUCACCCAUUGGUCUGUGAAUUGUUUGUGAUCGAUCAUAACUGGAUCAAAGGGCGUAUACUGUUGAUAAGAGGAUAGUAAAUGCAGGCCUUUGGGACUUGCCUCCCAAACACAGCACCUGAAACGGAUCAUGAAGGAAUUUGUUGAAUAACAUGAAAAUCAGCAAGGCAACUUUCCGAUUCCAUUCAAAUAAUGUUUUAGCACUAAUAGACAUUUCUAUUUUUAGCUUAUUGACCUGGAUUGUAAAUUCUCAAAAUUACCAGCUUGUUAUCCUCGUCCUUUUCCAUCAUAACCCCAUCCCAACAUAAUAACACAGCCUUUGAUAUGUUGGUGCCAACUCAGCCAGAUGUUUGUGAACAAAGUGGCCGAUAUAAAUCUCUGACGGUCACCCCCUACUCUAAUUGCAAAAAAGACAAUUGUUGGAAACUUAAAAUGACACCAGGAAUGCAGGUUGAUCCUGAAAUAGAGUGAUUGGAAUAGUGUUAUAAUUUGGGAUUUUUAAUUUGUGUCUUUAAUUGCACUUUCCAAAAGUGAUUUGUAAGUCUGAAAAAUCAGAAUCUUUCACUUAGUUUUUGCAAAUAUAUCAAAGCCCAUAUAGAGAAAUGAAUCUAGCUUGCAGAAACUUUAAUGGAUUUUAUAAUUGAUCAGUUGAACAGUUUGUGAUACUGUACCAAACCAACCUUGUGACAUGUUUGACAUGUUUUAUAAGUACAACUUUGCCUAAGUAAUUUAUAAUGAAUCUUUACUAAAGUUUAUUUAAAGGUCAUUCACUCUCUCCAUCCCUCUAGUACAGAUGCUUUCACCCCUCAAUGCAAUGUUGCACUUUAAAUCUGCGAGCUAAAUUCUGAGCUCUUCAAUUUGAACAACCAUCAGAAGCCUAAAUAGGAAACAACCGAGAAAGAUUCCCACCUGAUUUCUAUCAUCCAAUCCUUCAAAAAUGCCAAUCAAAGGAAUCACAUUGUCUUGAUUUUGCAAUUGUCUUCCCAACAGAUUUUACUUUUCAAGAUUAGACAAAUUCCAAGUUAAUGUGCCGGUAAAGAGAAAACUCAUUUAAAAAAAAUAAACAUUUCACCAGGCCAUUUUCAUUCUUGACUGAGUUCAUGUGUUUGUAGUCACAGUGCAUAUACGUUUUUGUUUGUCCAGUGCAUUUCGAACUUGCCCAAAUGUCCCGCCCUUCAGCACGAAUGUUUCUUCCCAUCAUUAAGUGUGAAAUAAAUCUCCAAAAUCUCAAACUCCUGGUCUUUUCCCAAAGCAAGCUAGAAAUGUAGAUGCCUGGGUGCUAUAGAUGGAUGUCAUGCAGACUAUCACAUGACAAUAACCCAUGUGUGCAACACACACUCAACUACAUUGAAACUACAGAACCAAUGGCCUGGGAAUCACAAGCCUGAUGAAUUAAUGUAAAUAAGCUAACUUUGUAUGACAUUGUAUCUUUUAAAUGUAUAUGUACUAAAAAAAAUGCUUAUUCAUAUUAGAUGAACUAUUGAAUGCAUUGAACUAGUGGAUGAAAUACUAUUUUUUAACUUUUACACUUAAAAGCUUUUCAAGAAAAAGUUGUUUCAAAUGGAUUUUUACAUAAGUAUUUUUGAAGAUUGUGAUUUAUACAUGGUACAAAAUGUAACAUGAUAAAUGUUUAAAAUGUAUAUUCAUCUGUCUUUGUGUGGAAAUUAAUCUGCCCAUUUGUCUGCAUACGGAAGUACACAUUGAAACCAUGGAUUGGUAUUAAAGAACAAAGCUGGUUCACUGUCCUUUGAAGAAUUUAAUAAUGAAACAUAGCUAUAUUGUGUCGGAAGGUACUGCAGACGCUGGUUUAAACCGAAGAUAGAUAAAAAAUACUAGAGUAACUCAGCAAGACAGGCAGCAUCUGUGGAGAAAAGGAAUGGGUUCUGAUGAAGGAUCUUGACCUGAAAUGUCAGUGAUUUUGCUUGAGACUCUUCUUCAGAUUGAUGAAGGGUCCUGACCCGAAACAUCGUCUGUCCAUUUCCCUCCACAGAGGUUGCCUGACCCACUGACUUCCUCCAGCACUUUGUUUUUUGCUCAGAAUUCCAGAAUCUGAAAUCUCUUUUCUUUGUUCAAUUCUCAAAUUAGUCUUUUUUUUUCCAGCACAAUCCUUUCCAUUGUCUUAAUCUACUUUGUACAAAAAGUGAAUAUUAAAAUGUGUAUUCAAGGCGGA